CACUCAUCCAAACAUCAAUUACAAAGCCUCUGUUCGCAACUCGUGCCUCCUAUAAAACUCUUCGAACUGCACUUUCGAGUGCAUUCGCUCGCAUUCCACUAUACCACUUCCGGGAAUAUUAUUCAUAUAAACCGCCACCACACUGCACACACAAACUUUCGCCGCUCCUUACCCCACGUAAACAGCUAAAGAGUGAAUAUCGAACCUCAACGUUGAAUCAACAAGCUGCUCUGCUCCUUACUUGCUCGAGGUGAAUAUAUCAAGUCUAAUAUCCUAUACUUUUGUGAUCCCUCACAUCGCGUGCGACUCUUGAUUUCAGAGCUCGCCCAGGAUGCGGCUCACUCUGAAUAUUGCCUCCGAAGAGGCCCUCGAACAUGACCUUCUCAAUCUAGAGGUUCCGACAGAAACAACGGUUGGCUCGUUGAAGGGGAUGGUCCAGGCCGAAGCUCACAUCCCGACGACUUCACAACACAUCUACCACAACGGGCAGCUGCUCUCCGACGACAACAAGACACUGGAGCAGUUACAGGUCGUGGAUGGCGAUAUGCUUGCAUUGCAUGUCAGGGACAUCGUAGGGAAUACCGGCGUCCCUCAACCAGGCCCAGCACAGCAACCAGCCAGACGGCCAGCCGCCAGUCGUGAGGAGCAAGAUCCAGAGGUGAUUCGACUCCAGCUCCUCGGCAACCCUCGCAUGCGACAAGAAGUCCAGCGAGCACAACCAGAAUUGGCAGCGGCUGUCGAAAACCCACAAAGAUUUGCUCAGCUGUUCAGACAGAUGCAGGAUCAGGAACGCAGAGAGAGGAUGAUGCGCCAGCAGCACAUUGCUGACCUCAACGCGGAUCCGUUUGAUAUCGAUGCACAGACUCGCAUUGCUGAGAUGAUCAGAGAAGAGAGGGUUCAGGAGAAUCUCCAGAAUGCCAUCGAGCACAACCCCGAAGUGUUUGGCAGGGUUCACAUGUUAUAUAUCGACGUCGAGGUCAACGGCCACAAGGUUAAGGCUUUCGUCGACUCUGGGGCUCAAGCAACCAUCAUGUCACCAUCCUGUGCUGAGUCCUGCGGGAUCAUGAGGCUCGUUGAUAAACGUUUUGCGGGCAUUGCAAGAGGUGUGGGCACGGCAAAUAUCUUGGGCAGGGUUCACUCAGCUCAGAUCAAAAUCGGAAGCCUAUUCCUCCCCUGCAGUUUCACUGUCAUGGAAGGCAAGGAUGUGGAUCUCCUCCUUGGGCUUGACAUGCUUAAAAGGCAUCAAGCAUGCAUAGAUUUGUCGAAAGACAAGCUCGUUAUCCAAGACGUAGAGGUGCCUUUCCUUGGCGAAGCAGAUAUACCAAGGAGUUUCGAAGAGGUCACCGAGCCCACGGUUGAGGGCCCUGGUGGUACUACCAUUGGGGGAAGGUCGGGGGCGAUAUCUGGCCCGGCCGGACCAGCAACAGCCAAUACACCUGCCGCACCGGCUGCGCAGGCUGCCGCGACUCCCCAACCGCAGCCUCCGAUUCAACCAUCGCAAGCUGCUCCUGCUUCGGCACCUGCUCCCUCAGCAGAGUCUAUCGACCAGCUAGUCGCACUAGGCUUUUCUAGAGAGGAGGCCGUCAAUGCGCUGAAUGCAUGCGAUGGAAAUGUUGAAUUCGCUGCGGGUUUACUCUUUCAGGGAUGAUCAUAUGAUAGAAGCUAGGAUCGUUUAUUAUUUACGAAAAUAGCCAGACAUCGGAGAUCUUGUCGCCAAGGAGAGACUAUAUUAUGGCAUAAAUCAUAAAUGGGUCCAAAAUUUGGCCACUUUGGGGUUGAGUGGCGCUUGAUAGCUUCAAGAUUAGUUGAUAUCUUGGGCCUCAAGGCUUGCUCAGUCAUGGCAUAUUGGGCCUAGCUACUUUGCAUCUACACAAAGGAGAUGGGAUUUGAAGCGAAUGAAAAAUAUAAAGCCAAAUAGCUUGCAUAUUGAAACGAUUACUUCCCUUUCGUGGAA